UGAUAAUUGUUUAUUUAUCUCGUGUCUCUCUUUAGAUCUACUUUGCUUUUUUGUCCCAUUUAUAUAAAAUCCACCGCUCGAGCUUAACGUUCGCGUCUUCGUCUCCUUCUUCCUUUGCUUCCUCUCUGAGUUGAACUCGUUCCGUUCGACUGAGCCAGCUCCUGCGGAGGACCAGCUUCAAGAAAUAUCGCUAUUGGAUAAUAACUAUUGCCUCUUCAUUGGACUAAAGGAGUGUUAGUUAAUAAAUGGCUGGUUCCAAGAGACAUUGCUCGGAUCAACGGUGAGUAAAACUCUGUUACACCGGUGAUCAAUAAUCGAGAUGUUUAGAACAGGUAGAUGGAGGAACGAGAAGAACAGGAUCAAAGUCGUAUUCAGGCUAAAGUUUCACGCUACUCAGGCGUCUGAGUUGAAUACAGAGGGAUUGAUUCUCUCUCUUGUUCCCGGAGAUGUGGGGAAACCGACGGCGAGGUCAGAGAAAGCGGUGGUUAGAGACGGGCAAUGCCGGUGGGAAAUUCCGGUUUACGAGACUGUGAAGUUUCUGAAAGAUGCGAAAACCGGGAAGGUUAACCAGAGGAUUUACCAUCUCAUUGUGUCAACGACGGGAUCUACAAGAGGUGGUUUGGUUGGAGAAACAUCAAUUGAUUUUGCUGAUUAUGCUGACGCAAUUAAAACUUGUAACGUUUGUCUUCCACUACACAACACAACUUCAAAAGCUUUGUUGCAUGUAUCAAUACAAAGGCAAUUAGAAUUUGAUGAUCCUCAAAGAGAGGAGGAUGAAUGCAAUAAUCUUGAAAAAAUGUCACAUGGUAAAGAUUUGAAGUCACAUUUGAGCCUCGGUGAUGCAGAUGAACCUCGUGCAAGCGGUUCGCAUGAGGAAGGGCCUUUUGGUAAAGCUGCACGGUUUGCUGAGCUGAGAAGAAGAGCAUCAACUGAAUCUGAUAGUACAAUGUCAAGCUCUGGAAGUGUCAUUGAGCCAACUACUCCUGAAGAGGUCGCCAAGUCUUUGAGACACCCUCCUAAGCAACUUCACUCAUCUAAAGCUUUGUUUGAAGAGCCUCGUGUGUCCGAAUCCGAGUGGUCUGGAAGUUCUGAUCGUGGAAUCACCACCGAUGACUCCACCAAUGACAAAAUGUCUAAAAACUCCUCGGAGGAUGGGGAUGAGAUAGAGAAGCUUAAAAACGAGGUUGCUUGUUUGACAAGGCAAGCAGAUCUUUCUGACCUAGAGCUGCAAAGCCUGAGGAAACAAGUCGUUAAAGAGACCAAAAGGAGUCAAGAUCUCUUGAAAGAAGUGAAUAGCUUGAAGCAGGAGAGAGACUCUUUGAAGGAAGAUUGCGAGAGGCAUAAAGUCGCAGACAAGACUAAAACGAGGAACAGGUUGCAGUUUGAAGGAAGGGAUCCAUGGAUUCUCUUGGAGGAAACGAGAGAGGAGCUUGACUACGAGAAGGAUCGUAACUUCAAUCUCCGGUUACAGCUCCAGAAGACUCAGGAAUCUAACUCAGAGUUGAUUCUUGCUGUUCAAGAUCUUGAAGCAAUGCUUGAGGAAAGAAGCAAAGAAGCACCAAGAACCAUUGAUACAGAUGAAGAUGAGGAUCAAAAGGCUCUUGAGGAACUCGUGAAGGGACACAUGGAUGGGAAUAACACACACGUUUUGGAGCAGAAGAUCACAGAACUAUACAACGAGAUUGAGGUUUAUAAACGAGACAAAGAGGAGCUUGAGAUACAGAUGGAACAGCUAGCUUUGGACUAUGAGAUACUGAAACAGGAGAAUCAUGAUGUCUCAUACAAGCUAGAGCAGAGCCAACUGCAAGACCAGUUGAAGAUGCAAUACGAAUGUUCAUCAGAGCUUGAGAACCAAGUGGAGACACUUGAAGCUGAGCUCAAGAAGAGAUCGGAAGAGUCUUUGUCCCGGAUCAAAGAGCUUGAAGCACAAAUGGAGAUCUUGGAAGAAGAGAUGGAGAGACAGGCUGAGGUGUUCGAGGCGGACAUCGAUGCAGUCACGAGAGGUAAAGUGGAGCAAGAGCAAAGAGCGAUACAAGCGGAAGAAGACCUGAGGAAGACGAGGCGGAGAAACGCUAGCGUAGCUGAGAAGCUACAGGAGGAGUUCAAGAGACUCUCCGAGCAGAUGGAUUCAAUGUUUGCAUCAAGUGAGAAAAUGGCUAUGAAAGCUAUGACAGAAGCUAAUGAGUUAAGGAUGCAGAAACGUGAAGUUGAAGAAAUGCUCAAGAAGGCUAAUGAUGAGUACGAGGCAAAGCUCAAGGAGCUUUCUGAAAAGCUGAGUCAGAUGGAGAGGCAUGAAGAAGAAGUUACUUCAAAUCUAAACCAAGAGAUCAAAUUCUUGAAGGAUGAGAUUGAGAAUCUGCAAAAGGACAAACAUAGCCUCAUGUUACAAGAAGAGAGCCUAAGAGGUGAGCUGGAAGAGACGGAAAGGAAUAAAAACGAGCUAGAGAGCAGGAUUGAGUCAAUGAGGGAGGAAUCAGAGUCUCUAGCAGAGGAGUUGCAAGCGGUGAAGCGUAUCAAGGAUGAAAAAGAAGCAGCAAUUACACACUUACAGACAGAACUAGAAACCGUGAGAGCCAAGUUUGAUGACCUAAAUCAUUUAUUCUCAGAGAAUGAUUCGGAGAUGGAGAAGCACAAGAAGCAAGUAACACAAGUGAAAGGUGAGAUGAAGAAGAAAGAAGAAGCAAUAGCUAACCUUGAGAAGAAGCUCAAGGAAAGCAGAAUCGCGUUUAACAACUUAACCAAAACCGCGCAAAGAAACAACAACAAAGGAAGUACAGUAGGAGCUAAAGAAGUUGCUGUUAUGAAAGAUAAAAUAAAACUUCUCGAGGGGCAAAUAAAACUGAAGGAGACUGCUCUUGAAGCUUCAUCAAACAUGUUCAUCGAAAAGGAGAAGAAUCUGAAGAACAGAAUCGAGGAGCUGGAAACUAGUCUCGACCAGAACAGCCUAGAGGUUAUUAAUAAAGAUAACCAUGAAAAGGAAGAAGUCCGAGUUCUGGAAGCGGAGAUGGCGUUAUUGAGAGAAUGUAAUGAAACGAUGGAGAUGGAGCUGAAGGAGAUGCAAGAGAGAUACUCAGAGCUAAGUCUGAGAUUUGCAGAAGUGGAAGGCGAGAGACAACAGCUUGUUAUGACAGUACGUAAUCUCAAAAACGCCAAGAGGAGCUAAACCGGUAUAUAUCAGAACCGGUUUUCAGGUUUAUAAAAAAAAAAGGAAGUAUAUGUAAUCACUUUGUUUCUUGUUUAUGUAAUUACACUUUGUUUAUGUUUUCUAAGUAAUUUGCAUAAGUUUCAGCUCUCUAGUCGUUUUGAUUACUUGUACGAUACAAACGCUGUUGUAUCCCAACGCUCAAAAGUGUUCCCAAUUCUGGAUCGGAAUACUCGGACCGGUUCCUGGUUAGUUAAUUUGUUUUUGAAAUAAACCGGUUCGUAUUCAACGACGUCGUAUUGUCGUCGUCUUCCCUUCUCUUUCCCUCUCCCCCUUGCUCGCUCGCUCGCUCGCUCGCCUGCUAAGUUUGUUUAGGGUUUGCCGAAGCCAAAAUUCAUAAGAUGAGGAGAGCAAUUGCGAUUGACGAAGCCGAAGAGAUUCUUCCAUUAUCCUAGAAGUGCUCCUCUAUCCUUUAACUUUCGUUGCACGAAACGAGAUUUCUCUGCUCUCAGUGAUGAUUACAGAGAGAAAUUGAGAAAUGGGCUUACUGAUAUUAAGUUAGAAGAUGCGGUUGGUUUGUUCAGUGAGAUGGUGAAGUCUCGUCCUCUCCCUUCCAUUAUCGAGUUCACUAAACUGUUUCUGCAGCUCCUCUCAACUCCAUCUGGCUUUAGGUACGCUUGCUAAGAUGAUGAGACUUUAGUUGACCGAACGGUUGCCAAAGGAUUUCAACCGUAUCAGCCAAUCUGCUCCAAACCCAUCGGAUAAUUCUCAACUCAAGCCCAACUUGAAGCCCAAAAAUCAGACAGGCCAAAAGCUUCUCAACGGUCGUCUUCACCAGGCUACAAAGAAGACAAAAUCGUUAGUACACGGGCAGCACAGCUAAAGCAAAAGCACAUCACGGCUGGCCAAGCACGGCCUGUCUCUAACAGAAAUCGGUUUGCAGCACUCCAAGACAAUGAAGACCAAUGUUGAAAGCCCUAGCUGUUACUAUGUAUAAAUACAUUGUUAAGUUGUAAUAAGAAACUAAGAAAUCAAUAACAAAGAGCAAAAGACUCAUCUUUCUUGCAAAAUUCUGUCUAUUUUCAUGGUAUCAGAGCUUCAGUCGAUUUUUAUGGGUUACCCUAUUCUCUUUUAGCUUCUGCACACUCUAUCUAAACCAUCCCAAGACAAUCUGUCGGUUCAUGCACGAAAUCCAAAGAAAAGGAAGAGACUUUCUGCAAUGGUGAUGCAGAUCUGUGUUGAUAUGACAGUGAAAUUUAAGGUCCAAGCUCUACUCUUUCCACCAGGGUUACUUGAUAAAAAAAACCAGAAGAAGAUAGUCCAAUCGAAGAAGAAGAGAAAGUUGGGCUCCAGCAAAUCGACAUGUUAUUGGGUCUUCCAGAUAAAAGCCCAUCUGUAAAAAAAAAGAAAAAUAUGGAAACGGAAACGAGAAGAAGCUUGUGGGAACAAAAGCAAGGGAAGCUCCUUCAUGUCUCUUCAUCAGCGCAUAUCUUCUGGUAUGUUAUGAAUGAGUUAGUGAUAUAGGCUUGGAAUCUGGAAGGAGAAUGAAUAGGCUAGUUAUGGGUUUGAUAAUGAUGAGAUAAAUGGCAACAAGUUUUGUUUUUGAUGAGUGCACACAAGAUGUUUGGUUAAAUGUCCAAGAGAAAAA